AUGACCUUGUUUAUGUAUCUGGUCGUCUGGGCUCUUAUCAUAAAGUCAGUCCAAGUGGUGAACGGUAUAUUUUCUAUAAGUGCACUAUCGCUUUCAUACAUUUUUAAUUGGGAACCCAUCAUGUUACAGAUUUAUGUCAGUGAACUGAAUUAUGUUCUUGAUCAAAAUAAGCCUCAGAAUGACGCAGACUCAACAAGUCCACCAUCAAUGCCAUCUGUCACCCCUCAAAUGCAAAAAGAGAAUGAGUGCAUAGGCCGGCUUCGCUUGUGGCUGGUCUUCUUUGCCAACCCUUAUGAAUGGUGGGACAACCGACAAUCCAAACCAUGGCCCACCUACCCUGAUUUCAAGCACAAGGACACACGUGAGAAAAUAUGGCUUCGUCCAGACGACCCUCCCUGGGUACGAAAGCAGCUUGAAUUACAUGACCUGGAAGUAGCAGAGAAUGGUCACAGGGGUAACAGUCGACUGUUAAAAAGUCAAAAUUGGAAAGCCCAAGAUUUUGACUACUCUGAUGAUGUACAGCACUGUGCGGAAGCAUGA